AUGUCGCCAGUUGGUCCUACUACCCUGGUUAUGCUGCUUCUUUCAUUGAUCUCCCUGCUUGCCGCCUCAUGCACCGAGCAGGAGAGGAGCUCCUUGCUCCAGUCCAUCUCGGAGCUGUCCCGGGACGGUGGCCUAAGCAGUUCGUGGGGGAAUGCCUCAGACUGCUGCGAAUGGGAAGGGAUCGCCUGCAGUUCAGAUGGGACGACGGUCACUGAUGUCUCCCUGUCUUCUAGGAGCCUUCAGGGGCCCAUCUCGCCGUCCCUUGGCAACCUCACCGGCCUGCUGCGCCUGAACCUGUCCAACAACAUGCUGUCCGGAGGCCUGCCGCUGGAAUUGCUGUCGUCCAAGAGCAUUCUUGUCCUUGACGUCAGCUUCAACCAGCUUGACGGAGACAUGGAUGAUCUGGCAUCUCUAGCACCUCGCCAACCUAUGCAGGUACUCAACAUCUCAAGCAAUUUGUUUACGGGGCAGUUUACAUCGACAACAUGGAAGGUGAUGGUGAAUCUGGUCACACUCAAUGCCAGCAACAACAGCUUUACUGGGCAGAUACCAACGCAUUUCUGCAACAUAUCUCCAUCCUUCGCUGUGCUUGAAGUCAGCUACAACCAAUUGAGUAGCACAGUUCCCAAAGGGCUUGGCAAUUGCUCUGCACUCAGAGUUCUCAAGGCUGGCCAUAACAACCUCAGAGGGUCACUCCCAGAUGAACUGUUCAGUGCCACCUCGUUGGAGCACCUAUCUUUCCCAAACAAUUAUUUGAAUGGUGUACUUGAUGGUUCACCCAUAAUGAACCUCAGAAAUCUGGCAACCCUUGAUCUUGGAGGGAACAAUCUGGUUGGAAGUAUCCCUGAUUCUAUAGGACAGCUCAAGGAAUUGGAGGAGCUCCGUUUAGACCGCAAUAGCAUGUCAGGGGAGCUGCCAUCAUCACUAGGCAGCUGCACAAAUCUCAUAAUUAUUGACCUCAAGUUCAAUAACUUCAGUGGAGAGAUUUCCAAGGUCAACUUCUCCACCCUACACAAUCUUGAAAUUUUAGACCUUCUGUACAACAGCUUCACUGGCACAGUUCCAGAAAGCAUAUACUCUUGUAGAAAUUUGAUUGCAUUAAGGCUAUCUGGCAACAACUUAUUGCAUGGGCAACUUUCACCAAGAAUUCGUAACCUGAAGUCCCUCACCUUCCUAUCAAUUGGUUAUAACAAUUUAACAAACAUCACAAAUACACUUCAAAUACUUGAGAGCUGCAAGAACCUCACCGUCCUUCUUAUUGGGUCUAACUUCAUAAACGAGACUAUGCCAGAUGAUGACAGCAUCGACGGUUUUGAGAAUCUUCAGGCUUUGGACAUUGGAAGUUGCCAAUUGUCUGGGAAAAUACCCCUUUGGAUAUCAAAGCUAGCAAAAUUAGAGGUGUUGAUCCUACAAGGAAAUCGACUCAGUGGAUCAAUACCAACCUGGAUCAGCUUUCUGAACUACCUUUCCUUUUUAGACAUAUCAAACAACAGCCUUACAGGGGAAAUUCCAACAACAAUAAUGCUAGCUUCAGAGAAGACCGCAGCCCAUUUUGACCCAAGGAUCUUUGACCUGCCAAUUUACAAUAAUCCUUCACGUCAAUACCGCAUACAUACUGUCCCUAAAACGCUAGAUCUAAGCAGCAACAAAUUGACGGGUGUGAUUCCCUCAGAUAUUGGUCAGGUGACAUCCCUCCUUUCACUCAAUAUCAGCUUCAACAACUUAACGGGACCGAUCCCCCCAUCCAUCUGCAAUCUCGCAAACCUGCUAGUGCUAGACUUAUCCAACAACAACAUCACAGGUGAAGUCCCAGCUGCACUGGAAAACCUGCACUUCCUUUCCAAACUCAAUGUUUCCAACAAUGAUCUGGAAGGGCCUAUUCCAACCGGUGGCCAAUUUGGUACAUUUCAGAAUUCUAGCUUCGGUGGCAAUCCAAAGCUGUGUGGAUCAGUACUCGGUCGUCGAUGCAGUUCCACAGAGGUGGGUCCAGUGUCCAUUGUCGACAGAAAGCCGUUUGGAAGCAAGGUCAUAUUUGCAAUUGCCUUCGGUGUUUUCUUCGGAGUAGGUGUGCUAUAUGAUCAGAUGGUAUUGUACAGGUAUUUUGGGCUAGAAAAAUUUGUACUGGCUUGA